AUGACACAAGGCCAGUGUGCUUUCCACUACUGCACGUCAUGGUCAGGAUGGGGAAGUCUCGAACGGAAUUUUCUACCUGGCGUGGGAAAAAGCACAGGGACCCCUGAAAUUGGUGUGAAACUGUGUCAGGGGCCGGACUCUAGUGGAGAGGAGCCAAGGCUUUCAUUAGAUUUUCAGAUGGUUCCGGCUGAUUUUGAUAGGGCCGCAGAAGAUGUGAGGAAGCUGAAGAUGAGGCCCGAUGAUGAUGAACUGAAAGAACUCUAUGGGCUCUACAAACAGUCUAUAAUUGGAGACAUUGAUAUUGAGUGCCCAGGAAUGUUAGAUUUAAAAGGCAAGGCUAAAUGGGAAGCCUGGAACCUCCAAAAAGGGUUGUCGAAGGAAGACGCUAUGAGCGCCUAUAUUUCUAAAGCUAAAGACCUGAUAGAAAAAUAUGGAAUCUAG